AACAAGGUGUGCUCAUUCCUCGAAUGCAUUUUCGUCACGUUCUGCGCAGGGAAGGGAAGGGGAAGCGUGACAAGAUUCCGCCAUCUUGAAAAUCACCAAUAGAAACGCGACAGGUUUCGAAGUGCCACGAUAAAGAGGUUAUACGUGCAGUUUUUGUAGUGCUUUAUAGCGUUUUUAUUAUUUACGUUCGAGAAAUAAUAUUUUAAAAUGCCGUCGUGUGCGGUAAAAAAUUGCAAAAACAAUUCACGAAAUACCAAAAAUACCGGUAUAAGGUAUUUUUCAUUUCCAAAAAAGAACGAAAUGAUAGAAAAAUGGAUAGUGUUGUGUAAGGAAAACGUGGAUCCAAAAAUCGCUCGUGUCUGCUCCGAACACUUCGAUUUUUCGCAAUAUAAGAAUGCUUCGUGGUUACGUAAGAUAUUGCCUGCUUAUAGUCCUGUGAAAAGUAGGAAACUAAAACCAGAUGCAAUUCCAAUUCCAAUUGUGAUGGAAAACGUUUUAGAAACAGAUGUUGUGGCACAUUGCAUACAAAUUGCUACGGACUGUGUCGCAUCGAGCUCUGCGAAUCCAGUCGUAUCAUCGUGCUCUGUGAAUGAAAUGGCAUCAUGUUCUGCGAGUCCAAUCGCAUCAUCAUACUCUGCAAAUGAAAUGGUACCAUGCUCUGUUAAUGAAAUGGCACUAUGCUCUGUGAGUGAAAUGGUAUGUUCUGCGAGUGAAAUAGCACCAUGUUCUGCGAGUCCAAUCGCAUCGAGCUCAAUGAGUCCUGUCGCAUCAUGCUCUAGAAAUGAUGAUAACUUUGGUUCAUCGGAAGUUUCUAACAACGCUGAAGUACAGCAGCUGAUGAAGGAAAAUGCAUCCCUGCUUUUAAAAAAUAAAGUUCUUCAACAACAACUGGUUCGGAAGAAUAAACUUUUUGAUAAGAUGAUGAAGAAAAAAUUGCAAGACAUGCUAAGCCCUUUUUUCACGCCUGGACAAAUUAAAAUGAUUAUGAACCCUAAGCAAAAGAUGACUCAUUGGUCUCCGGUGGAUAUUGCGGCAGCAAUAUCUUUAAGGAGCGUAAGCCCGAAAGCUUACAGGUAUUUAAGAAAAACAAAAAAAUACCUCUUCCGGCACUAUCAACUCUCCGAAGAUGGGUAGCACAUUUUGACAUGAACGAAGGUAUUUUGAAGGACGUCUUGCAAAUAAUGAGAUGCAAAGGUCAAAGCAUGACAGAUAUGGAGAAAGCAACGGUGAUCUGUUUUGAUGAAAUCCAUUUGUAUUAAUAUUUUUUUGUAUUUAUUGCCUCUUACAUUUGUCAUUUAAUUUAUGUUAAAAUAUAUUUACAAUAAAUAU